AUGGCCCGACUUACAAAGGACGUGGAAUCCGUCACCGUGGAAGAGGCACGACACACAGAUAUCGACGCAAUAGCAGAGAUCGGCAUCGAGUCACUACCGCUUCAGUUCGACGACAAAGUACCACGGUGGUUUACAGACUUCGCUAUCGAAAAGUCCUUUGGUAAGGACGCAGUCGCCCGCGCCCUUGAUAAGCAACUACGGACCACCCUUGUCGCGCGCAGCGGUAAUGAAGAGGUGAUUGGCUUUGCCCAGAUUAUUCGAGACUGCCAAUGCCCACAUCGGCCCUACGACCAAGCCUCACGUAUAACCCUUAACAAGCUGUACGUCAAGGAGGGGUUCAGGGGAUGUGGAGUAGGUGGGAAGCUCAUGGAGGCAGUUGAAAACCUGGUCAUGGAGGAAGGCCAUAGAGCGGUCUGGCUCCUGGUAUAUGAGGGCAACGAGACUGCGAGGAGCCUGUACACAAAGCGUGGUUGGAAAACGACGGUACCAAUCGACUUUGAAUUGCGGGGACAGAGGUUUAGGGAUUGGGUACUGGAGAAGAAAUUUGACUGUGACGGAGUUCCUGGGACAAAGUGGUCAGUUGAGCCCGAGUGGAUUCUAGAUGUCUACGCGCCUUGGUAA